AUUAUCAGGUACAAAUUUUUUAACUCCAAUUUGAUUGUUGUUGCUUUUAUAAUUUACUGUUGUUUCGCUUGUUUUUAUUGUUGAUAUAAUAUUUAUUGAAUGUUUGACAAUUAUUAAACUCCAUCUUUUUGACAUUAAAAUAUAACAAACAAUUACGAUUGUUUUAAAUAUUUAUUUGUUUAGGAUAUUUUAUCAUAAUUUUAGGUUAUAAAAAAAAUAUGUCAUGGCUAAGUGAUAAAAUUAGCUAUUCAUGAUUAGAAUAUCAUAAAAUUAAUUAUUUAUUAUUUAGAAAAAUUAUCAAGUCAUUAAUUUAAAUUUAUUAUCCAUAAUAAUUUAUGGAAUAGUUAAUUUGUGACAUUUAAUGUUGCUGUCUUUGACUCAUUUGAGAUUGUGUUUUAAUUUUAUUUAUUUAUUGCAAAUUUGUUUAGUUGACAAGCCAAGAUGAAUGAUCUUGCAAUUAAUUUUGAUGCUUUGCGAUUAUCAACUCUUCGCAAGGCAAUUUGCAUUUCAAAAUAUGUUGACGAAGUGACCAUUGGUCCAAAUUCAAUACUUGAUGAUUCCAAAGAAAAUUGGAAUCCUGAUAAUAAUGAAGAAAAUAAUAAAAAUACAUCAAAUGAUGAUUCUCUUGACAAAGUUGAUAAAUCAUCAACAAAUAAUAGAUCAACAAAUAUAACAUUUUCAAUAAAAAAAAUACUAUUAGAAAAUGAAAAACAAAGAAAAGAAGAAGUAUACAAAGUAAUGGAAAAAAAGAAAGAAGAAAUGUCAAGAUUCACCAAAGAAAUGCAAGAAGAAAUGGCAUUAUUAAAAGAACUUCAAGCUGAAAAAAGAAAACAAAGAACAGCUGAAGAAGAAAAAAAAUUAGAACAAGAAAGAAUAUUAUCACAGCAAGAUGAAAUUGAAAGUAAUCAAAGAAUGAAACAACAACUUCAACGUUCACGUGAAAAAAGAAAAUCUGUACUAUUAAAUCUUGAAAAAGAAGCUGAAGAAGAACAACGUUGUCAAGAACGUGCUAAUCAAAUGGAACAAUUUGGAAUAAAACUUGAUGAAAAUUAUCAUCAAGUUAAUAUUGACUUGGCAGAAAUGAUUAAAAAUAACAUUUCUAAUCAACAAAUUGUUGCGCCAUACCUUGAUAAAAUUUUAGAAUUAAAACAAAAGUUUGAAAAAAUUAAUGCAUAUGCAAGAAGUGGACAAAUAACUGACAAUGAUAUUUCUGUUGCUCAAGAGAUUGUUAGACAGAGUGUCAUGAUUGUAGAACUUUGUAAAAAUUAUAUUGAAGAAAUUAAUAAACAAUAUGAUGAUGAAAUUGCAAAGAGACAAAAUGAUUUGCAAUUGGUACAAGAAGAAGCACUUCAACAACAACAACAACAACAACAACAACAACAACAACAACAACAACAACAACAACAACAACAACAACAACAACAACAACAACAACAACAACAAGAGCAACAACAACAGCAACAAGAGCAACAACAAUACUUUGAACAAAUUCAAACAACAAAUGAAUCAAAUAUAUAUUUAUCACAAUAUCGUGAAAAUAGUAAAGAAUAUUUUAAAAGCUCUGAGCGUAAAUAUCUUCAAUCAAAAUGUAAACGUGAAAUACAAGAAAAAUUAAACACAUUUGGCUCAAAAGAUAAUACGCCUCAAGAAAUUGUAGCAUUUAUCAACAAUACAGAUCCACAAGCAUCAUCAUAUUGUCAAUAUAUACUUGCAGAGAAAUUAAUAUUUUUAUUAAAAUCACAACAUCCAGAUAAAAUUCCAUAUAUUGCUGAUGCUGCUGUAGAUUUUGGUAAUGCAUUAAAAGAUUUUAAAGAUUUAAUGUUAGCAAUGUUGUAUACAAAAUAUCCAAUUCUCGUACCAGAACUUUUAAUUACUAAUGAUCAACAAGAUAUUAAAACAGUAUCAAAUAUUAUGCAAUUUUAUGGAGCAAUGAUAAUGAGCACGAAACAACCAAAUCCUUAUGGACUAGAUAUUGCUUGGAGAUGGUUGGCAAAUAUUUUAAAUACUGCACCACAAUUUGAGUUGAGAGAAGUUGCUGCAACAGCAAUCAGACAAAUGUUGGUAUCUGUUGGACCACGUUUGUGGGACUCAUAUGCACAACAAUUUUUAAAAUUGCUGUAUGCUAUAUUGUAUCAAUAUUAUGAGCUAAGCAAGAGCCUCAGUAAUUCCCAAUCAGCAACGACAUCAAUAACCAAUCUUGAAAGACUAAAAAUAUUUGCAGAAGAAUGUAUUGAGCAGCAAAAAAUUCCACUUGAAAAAGACUUGAAGAAAAAAAAGAUUCAAUUUGUUACAUAAAAGUUCCAGUUUAAUUGUACUUAAUAAUAAUUAUUUAUUUUUUAAACUUUGUUCCAUCUUAUUGAUAGAAAACUAUUACACAAUAACAUUUUUACACUUGCAUUCAUCAACAUUCUACACCAGGUUAACAAAAUUCAUUAAAUGCAUGGUAAAUGUAUCCAACUUAAUUAUCAAACUAACUUUCCAUCAAACUUCCAUGUCAUUAUCUUAUAAUUAAAUCAAGCAAACAAAUAAAAAAAAAAAA